CUAAUGAGAGCAGCGAAACUUUCCCCCUCAUGCUCCCAGCCUCCACUCCCUUCCGGACUCCUUGCCUUGCAAAAGUGUACGCAGACCCUGAAAACUGCUGUGGCGGAUUUUUGAGUGUUCUUUUUUUUUUUUUUUUAAACAAUGUAACAAGGCAAAGGUUUUUAUUUUUAUUUAUUUUUUACUUUUUAAAACUUGCUUGAUCUGUAAAGCUGGACUACAGUGGACGUUUCACUUCACUGAGGAACUUUUACUAAUUUGGAUUAAUCAACUACACCAUGGAAAAGCUGUUGAGAGAGCGCCUUUCAUUAGCGCGCAGGGUCCGCACAAUCGUUUUGGCGCUCGUACUUUGCGCACAGGCCUGUUUUGGCUUCUCGGUCGCUGGACAGCAGGAGAGCACCUGCGAAGCCAAUGGCAGCAUAUACUACGUGGGAGAAUGGUAUUUCCUGGACUCUGAUCACUGCACCCAAUGUGAGUGCACCGCUGAAGGCUCCUUAUGUGCCCGCACUGAAUGCACCUCUCUCCCGGCUGCAUGCAUCCAUGUUAGCCACUACCCUACCGACUGCUGCCCCAGGUGCGAGAAAAUCGGGUGUGAGUACCGAGGGGUGGUGUACGAGCUAGGGCAGAACUUCCAGCCAUCAGAAUGUGAGCAGUGCACUUGUGACAGUGAUGGCAUUGCCCGCUGUCUUGUGGCAGAUUGUGCUCCUCCACCAUGUGUCAACCCUGUCUAUCAGCCUGGGAAGUGCUGCCCUGAAUGCAAGGAGGGUCCUAACUGCUAUGUUGAUGCAUCACGCACUCAAGUGAUUCCUGCGGGAGAUCCCAUCUGGGUUGACUCCUGCACCAAGUGUCGUUGUCACGAUGGCCAGGAUGCUGGUUACUGGGAGGGAAACCGCCUCGCCACCUGUUCCCGCCUCAGAAACUGUAAACCUGAACAACCGUCCACCCAGCAAAACUGAUUGUCUGUGUCAUCAGAGGUCUACCUUUCUUAAAAUUCAUGUUUUUUGAAGAAACCACACUCUACUCUACUGUACAGUACUGUGCAAAUAUCUUGAGACACCACUUAUUUUUUUUUUUAUUUUGCUAGGAAAAUGGGAAAUAGGUGCAGAGAUUUGUUGAAAUGUAUGCAAACAUACUGUACAAUUAAAUAGAGUAUUUAAGGCAAAACAGAGUUUGUACAGUUCAUUUUUUUGUACAGUUCUAACGAGCCUGAAAGUCAGUGUUUGGUAUGAGCAUGAACUGCGUUAUUUCUGGCAUUUUUGUUUUGUAGAUUCAAUUAAAGAAGUAAGAACAAAUAAUGUGCUGCUGCUAGUUACAAAGUGCCUAAAAAUACAAUUUAAAAUUGAUUCUUUGAUAAGUUGUCACAGCACUGGUUUAUCCAUUGAGUUAGGUGCUUUUUUUUUUUAAAUACUUUCAUCACUGUAGAGAAAUAUUACUUAAGAUCACUUUGAAAUAUUACUAGAAAGGCUGGCUCUUUGGACGCUCUUAGUAGCAGUAGCAGUGGCACAGUGGGUAGGCGCUCCCCUUGCAGCCGGAGGGUUGCUGGACUGAGUCCCUGUCCCUGCGCUGCGUUGUGUCCUUGGGCAAGACACUUAAACCACAUUGUCUAAAGGUAGCGCUGGUCU